UGUAAUGUGUACUUCGGCUCAAACCAAAACAUAAUCAGAUGUGAAUUUGUAUUGAUUAGUAAGAAUAAAUUAUGCAGUUCUUUAUUAUGACGUAAACGUACAAAAAAGACCUUAUGUGCUUUCUAUUUUUACUGAAAUGCAUAUUUAAAAACAUGUGUUGUUAAAUUUGAAGGAGAAAUGGCAGGUAUAUCAGUCUUCUGUUGAAAAAUGGCAGAGGAAAUAAAUUUGGCAUUUGGCAGCCACAGAACAAAUAAGUCAUCUUUAUAUAGCCAUAGGAUUUAGGCAACAGAAGUGAUGGAGGUUGUUGGAGAAUACGAAUAUAGCAAGAAGGACCUGAUAGGGCAUGGAGCUUUUGCAGUCGUUUUCAAAGGGCGAUUAAGAAAGUACCCGGAGAAGACAGUCGCAAUCAAAAGUAUAACCAAGAAGAACAUAGCAAAAUCACAGAACCUUCUGAGCAAGGAAAUAAAGAUUUUAAAGGAAUUAUCAGGACUCCAUCAUGAAAAUGUUGUUCAACUCAUGGAAUGUAAAGAAACAACCAACCAUGUAUAUCUGGUUAUGGAGUACUGUAAUGGUGGGGAUCUGGCUGACUAUCUUCAAGCUAAAGGUACACUCAGUGAGGACACAAUCUCAAACUUUCUCAGACAAAUUGCGGGUGCUAUGCGAGCCCUGAAUGGCAAAGGUAUUGUUCAUCGUGAUAUGAAGCCACAGAAUAUCUUACUGUGCUUCCCUCCAGGCUCCAAAAACCCUCCAGCCUCACAGAUCAAUCUGAAAAUAGCUGAUUUUGGGUUUGCAAGAUUCCUGCAGGAUGGAGUAAUGGCAGCUACAUUGUGUGGAUCACCCAUGUAUAUGGCCCCAGAGGUGAUCAUGUCACUCCAGUAUGAUGCUAAGGCCGACCUGUGGAGUAUAGGUACUAUAGUGUUCCAGUGUCUCACAGGAAAAGCCCCAUUCCAGGCCACAACACCACAGCAACUCAAACAGUUCUAUGAGAAAACUCUUGAACUUAGGCCUAACAUUCCCUCAGGAACGUCACCCGAGCUCAAAGAUCUGCUGCUGAAACUUCUCAAACGUAAUGCAAAGGAUAGAAUAGAAUUUGAGGAUUUUUUCAUCCAUCCAUUUGUGCGACCAUUGUCACCUGCUGCAUCUUCAUCCCCAGUGCCUGUUCCAGGCAGAAGUCCAAGUUUCUCGUCAGACAGUCCAGCUUCUCUGAAGGCCAAUUCUGCAUCACCCCUAUCAGGCAAAAUGGAAUAUUCUCCUUCCCCGCCCCCUGUACAAAAAUCAAAGAGUCCACUCAAAUCUGAAAAGUUGCAGGAACCAUCUAGUCAUAUCACUGGUUCCCCUCGAGAAGUUGCUGGUUUCCUCAAAAUAGCCAAAGAAACUGAGACUGGUUCCCGGUGCAGCACUCCCACGGAGGACUUUGUUAUGGUUCCAGAAGGUAUAAGUCCAGAACAGUCUGAUGUUGAGGACAAGGCAAUUAAAAUGUCAACAGAAGAUGGUGUUACAACAGAAAAAGUAAACAUUGUUACUGUCACACCAACCUCUGGUGCUGCACUUUAUAGGAAAGACUCAAACCCAUGUUUCAAUGCCAACCGCCCCUCCACACUACAAGUCGCCUCUCCAUCUGGUACUCCGCCAUCCUCGGAGCCAAUCCCUGUCCCGACCCAGGUCGCAGCUUACCAACGAAUGCAGAGUAAUUCACCGACAAGUCCACAAGUUCAAAACAAGACGUUUGAAAGUGGUUCCUUAAAAAAGGUAGUAGAGAGAAAGGAGUCUGGUUUGUCUAGACAUGGAUCAGACACAAAAGUGAAUGUCAGUGAAAUUUCCCCACCAGUUCAGUUCAGUAUAGGUACACCACCGGGUAAUACGUGUACCCCUGGAUCAUGGAGGCGGGGCAGUAUAUCAAACUCACCGAAUAAGUACGGUACAACACCUCCAUCACCACUGAAAAAAUCAGGUUCUGUACCAGCUCAUUUAUCACCAGUGCAGUAUACAGGACCUAGCUCACUGCCCACUAUAAUAGACUCUCCCACCAAGGUACCUUCCACUCUGCACUUCCCUAUUACAAAUAUAAAUGAGAUACGCCCAGGACUUGUCAGCAAUGCAGCUUACCAACGUCACCACCCAUACACUGUGCCAGAAAACUUGCAGGCAUUGGAAUUUAAUGGAAAUCUGUUAGGAAAGCCAGGUAACAGUGGUCGACCAUCAGAGGGAACCAGUAUGUUGUCACAGCAACUUUUCAAGGCAGCUUUUGGAGAAAGUCCACAGCAAGACACAAGGACAGUGAUACCAUUUGCUGGGUUUGGAAGUCGGGAAAGAAUUAAUUCUGGCAACAGUGAUAAAUCGGACCGGUCAGCAACCUAUAUACGACGUGGAACCUCUCUAGAAGCAUCACCUCCACCGGCCCUCAUGUAUGCACAGUCCCCAUCAAACAUGGAAGGCCCCAUUGCAUUUGUAGCCCCAGAAUUGUCGGAAGAAACUCUCAUGGAUGAUAACCACAACGCAACACUUGCCAAGUUAAACUUUGCUCUUGACUUGGUUGAAUGUAUUCUGGAGGUUUCAAAAUCUCGAGGUGCACCACUUAACUCAUUCUCGGAAAGUGUGAAUUGUAACAGGGGAGAGAACUUGCCAGAACAGGUGCCAAAAUUUACAGAGUCUCAACGACGGCUUGAACAGCUCAUACUUCAUGUACGAGCACUACAUUUGUUGUCGUCUGCUCUACAACUGGCCCGUGAUGAGAUUAAGGCGGGAAAACUCACAAUUUCAAACUCUGUUAAAACUGUUGUAAAACAAAUGAAUGAGCAUUACCACAUGUGUGUACGUGUCAGUCGGGAGUUACAGCAGCGACUUGGAAGUUCUGUUCAGACCGCCCUCAGCCCACAGAUUGUCAUAGCAACUGCAGAUAAACUGAUAUAUAAUUAUGCCAUUGAAAUAUGCCAGACUGCAGCACUAGAUGAGCUGUUUGGGAAUCCUCACGAGUGUUUCCGUAGAUACCAGACUGCACAGAUUCUAUUACACAGUCUCGCACAACAGUCACGCAACACGCGCGAUAAAGAAUCUCUCAAUAAAUAUAAAGCAGCAGUGGAAAGACGAUUAUCAAAUUUACAAGGCAAUGCAUAUUACCAACAACAGGCCUAUGCUGCCAGCUGAUCCAUACUUUACACAUUCACAACAACAUAUGUGUAGUAUAGAUGCCACUGCAUAUAGUUAGUGCACGUGUACAGUAUAAAAUUAUGCAUAGUAUUAUUUAAAAAAUGUACAUAGCAGUAUAAAGCAUUAUUAAAUUGGCAGAGCAUGGUGAGGGAAAACAAAAAGGAGUUCAGAAGAAAAAAACAUCCUCUACUUUUUAUGUAUUCUUAAAAAAACAUUGUGAUAAACAUCUAAGCAUGACAGUCCAUGUAUUAUAUACCAGAGCAGUGAUAAACAGAUAAACUAGUGAAAACUUGAUGGCAAUGUUAAUUGACUGGUGCAUUAAUAGUGUCACAGUCAUCUUGUACAGCAAAUCUAUACACAUUGUAAAUAAAAUGAAUAACAUGUAAAUAAGGAAGCCUUUAAACCCAGUGUACAUAGAUCAUCACAUCUAAAACACGGCCCUUUGUUUGUUGCCAUGAAACGGGGAAGAUGAAAUGAAAAAUUGUUGAGAAGAAUAUUUGUUACAUGUUUUUCUGUGAAUCAUUGAAAUGUAACAGUGAAAUUUUCACCUGUGGCUAUGCCACUAUAGUUUUCUUUUCUGUAGAAGAUAUUUUGAUCUUACACUAAAUUGUACAAAAUAUCCACUAUGAUUUAGUAUGUGAGACAAAGGAUAAAAAAUGUUUGUAACUGUGCUGUCUUAAUUGAAAACUAUUAUUGAAAAAGGAAACCUUGUGCUUAGAAUUCAGAAUUUUGUUCUGAAUUGGUGAUAGAAGUUGUCCUUUGGGGUAUGGACUGAUUAAACGCUGACAGGUUGUGCUGUGUAUAAACAGAGAUGAGUGGAAGAAUAGGACUGUAAUUUACGUAGUUACUUACACAGUUCAAAGAAAAACGAACAUUAUUGGUUAGAUAGUGCUUGAACUGUUAUAUGAAAGAUGUAAUUGAACACAACAGAAAAGAUGUGUUUCAACACUAUAGGAAAGAUAUGCUAGAACACUACAGGAAAGAUAUGCUUGAACACUAUAAGAAUAUUACUGUAACAGAUCAGGGUGAUUUAAGUAUAGAUGAUACUAUUUAGAAUAUUCUAAGUGAUGGGGAGUGCUGAGGGGUGGUGGGGGCUGAUGGAAGUGCUGAAAUGCUAAGUGUGAUUAAAACGUUUUUUGUAAUAUAAACAAACACCUGUAGUUGUGCUGAUUUCUACAAACAUGUGCUGACAUUUUACAGCAGAUUGUUCCAAGCUGAUAUGACACGGCUGAUUGUUAGAAUUGAGAGUGUUAAUGGACAAACUUUAGAAAUGAGCUAUGGCUUACACUAAGGUAAUGUCAUACUAAUUGAAGGAUGUUGUCAAGGACAGAAAUCAGCUGACCUCAUCUCCUAGAUUAUGUUAACCAAAAGUUUGACAUUACACAACUUGAGUUUUUCAAUUUUACAUGUAAGUGGUCUUUUAACAUUGCUUGGAUAUGAAGAUGGGUAUCUUUCAUUGGAUAGUCUGAUAGGCUGUGAUUAUUUUUGCAAGUAUUAAUAAACUUGUUAUAGUCAGAAAUUCCACUGCAAAGAAAUGUGCAAAGACAUGGUAACUUUUGUUGAUAUUAUACUGUUUCAUUGACAGAUCUUGUCUCAAACUUCACUAUUUGUUAUGUUAGUAUUUAUGUAUUUAAGGGUUAUUUAUGAACUUGUUUGAAGGGAGUGAAAUUGAAGAUUUAUGGAUUACCUCAGUUACUUAUUUGUUUUGUGAGAUGUAUUUGUGAUUUCUUUGUCAAGGGAUUGGGGUAUGUGUAUAGAUAUGUAUGUUUUGUAUAUUUUGCCAUGUUUGUUGCAUUUUGAUUUAGCCUUGCCUUUUGUACAACAAUGUUUCUGAUCAUUGAAAGCAGUUAGAUGUAACCACUGUAUGAUGAGAUCUCAUUUGUUGCAUCUUUUAUAUUUGUUUGCUUUGGAUUUAUUUUGUGCGAUGCUUUUACUUACAUGCCUUGAGUUAUACCAUUUGAUCAACAGAUCAUUGCCUUGUCUCCAAAAAUAUGACUUAAAUGAGUAUGAUACAAUUAGAUCAUCAGCUCAUGGGCAAGUCUACCUUACCUCGAGAAACAUUUUGGUCAACAGCUCAUGGGCUAGUCUACCAUGCCUCGAGUAAUACAGUUUAGUAAAAUGAUCAAGGGCAAGUCUACCUUGCCUUGAGUAAUGCAGUUUAGUUAACAGAUCAUGGGCAAGUCUACUUUGCCUUGAGUAAUACAGUUUAGUAAAAAGAUCAAGGGCAAGUCUACCUUGCCUUGAGUAAUACAGUUUAGUUAAAAGAUCAAGGACAAGUCUAACUUUCCUUGAGUAAUGCAGUUUAGUUAACAGAUCAUCGGCAAGUCUACUUUGCCUUGAGUAAUACAGUUUAGUAUAUAGAUCAUUGGUAUAUCCAGCUUGUCUUGAGUAAUACAGUUUUAAAAGAUCAUGGGCAAGUCAACCUUGCCUUGAGUGAUACAUUUUGGUCAACAGGUCAUGGGCAAGUCCACCUUGCCUUGAGUGAUACAUUUUGGUCAACAGGUCAUGGGCAAGUCUACCUUGCCUUGAGUAAUACAUUUUGGUCAACAGGUCUUGGGCAAGUCUACCUUGCCUUGAGUAAUACAGUUUAGUUAAAAGAUCAAGGGCAAGUCUACCUUGCCUUGAGUAAUGCAGUUUA